AUGGUGAAGACUUGUGGCAGUGAAGAUGCUUUGAAGAAGAAGAAGAAGAAGACAAUGUUUAUUCUUGUUGAAGUUUGCAUCAUCAGUGCUAUGAUGGUUGUUGAGAUUGGAUACCCAAUUGAUAUAGCGAGAAAUGUGCCUGAAGAUCCCAGCCUCAGCGACCAAAAGAACUUCAUCCUCGGAGGAUUUGCCGGAAAUGGUUGCGGCGACCCCACGAAUUCUGGCAUGGGUGUCUUUGGCGGAUUUGAUACUGGACCGGCCGGUUUUGGUGGCGGCUUUGGCGGACCCGGUGGUUCGGGGAUAUUCCCUGGUGUUGGUGGCUCUGGCGGAUCCACCGGUGAUCAUUUCGGUUCUUUUCCAGUACUCCCUUGA